AUGAGCCGACUCCCAGAUCAAGUGUCCAAGGGCCAAUGGCUACUCUCAAACGUCAUGAGGCCGCUCAGCAGCAAGUACGAACCCUACGUCAGCGACGAAAGGCUCCGAGGCAUGAACAUCACCAUGUCGGAUCUCGACUUUGUCAGCGGAAAGCCAGGAAACGGCGGAGAGCAGUUCAUCGAGCCCAUCCCUGCAGUCACCGUGAACCAAUGGCUCAACGAGACGAAACCGUGGACGAUUCGCAGAGACUUCCACGUCCAGCCCGAGUUCGCUGACAAUCCCCAAAACAGUUAUCGUGCCCUUAAUUCCCUCUCCCGAGGCGAAGCAGACUGGCAAGUCAAGUGCAUUCUACGACACAAUGCCACGCCGCACGAACCCCACGUUCUUACCGUGCUGGACCCUGACCUGGACAAACCACAUACAAUUUGCUUCCUGGCGGACAAUGCUCUUCUUCGGGAUGACCGCCUGUCGUCCAGUGAGGUCAUUACCGUCGUACUGCUUUCCGUUCUCCUUAGGGCUGAACCUAAACACAAUCCCAGGAAUCACCGCAUCUCCCCUGUCACCAUCGUAUCUGCCUCCAACAGGAGUGUGCGCAUUGUGCAAGGGUUUGCCGAUAUCGAAACCCGGGCGGUCGAAAUCCGCAAGUCUCCCAUUGUCCACUUUGACCAGGGCGUAUGGGCAAAUUGGGAUCAAUGGGUCAUCGUCCUGGGCUGGUUGAUGGGAAAUCCCAUCGGCAACACAUUCUGA